CCCCGGCGGGUGCUCCUUCCCGGACCGCUCUGGAAACCCUGGCGGCGGCGGCCCAUGGGGCCCUUGGCGCUGCCCGCCUGGCUGCAGCCCAGGUAGGGCGCUCCGCCGAAUCCUGAGGGGAGUGGGCGUGGGUGGACGGCCUGGGGGCUGGGGCUCCCCUCUGCUGCGGGCGGGGGGCGUUACCGACCCGCGCGGCGCGGCGCUACAGUGCCCAGGCACCCCUUGGAUCUCGUGCAGGUAUAGGAAGAAUGCCUAUCUUUUCAUCUAUUACUUAAUCCAGUUCUGUGGCCACUCUUGGAUAUUUACAAAUAUGACAGUCAGAUUCUUUUCAUUUGGAAAAGAUUCGAUGGUUGACACUUUUUAUGCUAUUGGAUUUGUGAUGCGACUUUGCCAAUCCGUUUCUCUCCUGGAAUUGCUGCACAUAUAUGUUGGCAUUGAGUAUAACCAUCUUCUCCCAAGGUUUUUGCAGCUCACAGAGAGAAUAAUCAUCCUUUUUGUGGUGAUCACCAGUCAAGAGGAAGUCCAAGAGAAAUAUGUGGUGUGUGUUUUAUUCAUCUUUUGGAAUCUAUUGGAUAUGGUUAGGUACACUUACAGCAUGUUAUCAGUCAUAGGAAUAUCUUACGCUGUCUUGACAUGGCUGAGUCAAACACUAUGGAUGCCAAUUUACCCUUUAUGUGUUCUCGCUGAAGCAUUUGCCAUCUAUCAAUCACUGCCUUAUUUUGAAUCAUUUGGCACUUAUUCCACCAAGCUGCCCUUUGACUUACCCAUCUAUUUCCCAUAUGUGCUGAAAAUAUAUCUCAUGAUGCUCUUUAUAGGUAUGUAUUUUACUUAUAGUCAUCUAUACUCAGAAAGAAGAGACCUCCUUGGAAUCUUUCCCAUUAAAAAGAAGAAAAUGUGAAGUGCAGCAUUCCAGUGUGACAUAAGAAAAGACAGGCUGUGGAUUCAGCUGCAGUAAAUACAACGCAGGAAGUAUUCCGGUGGAAAAAUACCUUUUAUUUGAUAAAAAUCCAUUACAUGAAACAAUUGCACACACCCCCAAAACUCUAGACAUAACAGACUGUUUUUCACACAUUGUAUUUUUAAGACAUAGAUAUUUUCCAUACCUUGCUUCACCAAAGUUCCUGUUUUAUUUGGAUUUUUUUAUACAAGUUAUACUUAAAUUGUAUGAAGUCUGAUUAUUUUCCUAUAAGGUUAAUGAGAAAUAGAAGAUUAACUGCAAUAGAUUUAAUUAAAUUAAGAAACCAAACUUGAUAACCUAAAUUACAGGUAUACAUAUAUAUUUUUUUGACUUCCGACUCUCAAAAUAGAUCUAUGGCGAGGGGCGGGGGGAAGUGAUGGAAAAUAUAUUCCACAGUCGACUAGAGUAACAUAUUUUAUAGACAGAUGUUUAUCUUCAGAGCUCAUAAUUCAAUACUCACCCUAAACAUCAGAUAUGUUUAGAAAAUUAAAUAUUUUUCCAAGCCCUAUGUCUUAGCUCAGGUUGCUGUAACAAAACACCAUUAACCGAAUGACUUAAACAACAGCAACACUUCUCACAGUUCUGGAGGCUGGGAAUUCCAUUCAAGAUCAAGGCACUAGCUAAUGCACUUCCUGGUGAGGGCCCUCUUCCUGGUUUGCAGACAGAUGCCUUGCUGUGUCCUCAAAUGAGAGAGCGAGCUUCUCUCUUGUGUCUUUUACAGUGGCACUAAUCCCAUCCAUGAGGACUCCACCCUCAUGACCUAAUUACCUCCCAAUGGCCCCACCCCCAAAUACCACCAUAUUGGAGGUUAGGGCUUACCACAUGAAUUUUGGGGGAACAAAAAGAUUCAGUCCAUAGCAUUCUGCACCUGGCCUUACAAAAUUAAUGUCCUUCUCACAUGCAAAAUACAUACAUUCCAUCUCAACAGCCUCAAAAUUCUUAACUCAUUCCUGCAUCAACUCUAAAGUCCAAAGUCUCAUCUAAAUCAGAUGUGGGUAUGAGAUUCAAGGUACAAUUCAUCCUGAGGCAAAAUUCCUUUGUAGCUGUGAACCUGUGAAAUGAAACAAGUUAUGUGCUUCCAAAAAUACAAUGGUGGGCCACCAGAGGAUGGACAGUCCCAUUCCCAAAGCAAGAAACAGGAGAGAAGGAAGGUAUAAUGGGUCCCCAAGUCCAAAACCUAGCAAGGCAAACAGCAUGAGAUCUUCAGGCUUGGGAAUAAUCCUCUUUGGCUUGAUGUUCUGGCUUCAGGACCCAAUGAGGCAGAGGUAUUGCCCCCAGGACAGUGUUGGAGGAGGACGACCCCUAUAUCACCAGGCAGAAGCUGUCAGGCCUGUUGAAAAACCACGACAAUGACUGCCCCUUUUGAAACUGAGGAGGUACACCUGAUGUUCUCUGAUCACCUUUUAAGGUCGGUCUUUCCUUGUCUUGAAGCAUAGUGUACAUUCACAGCUGAAUAGCUCUAUGCUCCCAAAUCCAACAGCCUUCCUUCAUUUUGUCCCAUCUCCAUUCUUUUAAUAAAACUGGCAGUGUACCUGCUGGGAUGGCUGAUUAGGUCUGUGGUUCACACCCACACAAGUGUAAGUGGAUGAUCUGUCCGCUACACCGUUAGUGUUGUCUUCCAAACAAGUUUUAUCUUUUUGUAAUGCAGACAGAUGGAUAAUUUCCCCAACCUUUAAGUUCUGGUUCCGUUUUGGUUAACAGGUCUGUCAUGUUUUAAUUUUUACUUUAAGCAGUCCAAGGCACUCCUUCAACACUGGCUGGAGAUCUCUUCAGUUCAAUAUCGAAUUUCAUGGCUCAAAAUUGUAACUUCACACAACACUAGAACAUGAACACAAUCAUCCAAGUUCUUUGGGACAUUAUAACAAAGAUCAUGUUUCUUUCAAUUUCCCAUAACAGGUUCCUCAUUUUCAUUCGAGACGUCAUCAGCAUGGCCUUUAUUGUCCAUGUCUACCAACAUUCUAUUUUGUGGUGAUUUAUAUAUUCUCUAAGAAGAUGGAGGCUUUCUUUCCCACCCUAUUUUCUUUGAGCCCUCACUAAAAUCAACUCUGUCAAUCCCUUCAUGGCAAUAUUGGCUUUUUCUAGCAUGUACCUCAAAACUCUUUCAGCUUCUAUCUGUUACUUAACUUCAAAGCUGCUUCCACAUCUUUGUGUAUUGGUUAUAGCAGCACCUUAUUUCUUGGUACCAACUAUCUUAGUCACCUUAGCUGUUACAACAAAAUACCGUAAACUGGGUGCUUCAGACAAAUACAUUUUUCACAGUUAUGGAGGCAGGGAAGUCCAAGAUAAAGGUGCUGGCUAGUUAAUUAAGUUCCUGAUGAGGUUCCAAGGUGCUAGCUGAUUCUUCCUCAUGGUUUGCAGAUGGAUGCCUUCUUGCUAUAUCCUCACAUGGUGUAAAGAUACACCGUCUCUCCCAUGUUUCUUAUUGUAAAGGUACUAAUCCCAUUUAUGAAGGUUCCAGUUUGAAAUGCAAUCACACUGGAGAUCUUCAACAUAUGAAUUUAAGGGGGGGGACACCAGCAUUCAGUCCCUAGUGCUCUGAUAGAGUAUUCAUUAAUAUCAUGUGUCAUUAACAUCUUGUAAGUUAUUUGGGCUUUGAUGCCUUGAAAGAAGACCCUGGCCAGGCAUGGUGGCUUACACCUGUAAUCCCAGCACUUUGAGAGGCUGAGAUGGGCAGGUCACUUGAGGUCAGGAGUUCAAGACCAGCCUGGCCAACAUGGCAAAAACACAUCUAUACUAAAAAUACAAAAAUUAGCUGGGUGUAGUGGUACAUGCCUGUAACCCUAGAGGCUGAAGCAUGAGAAUCGCUUGAGCCUGAGAGGCAAGGGUUGCAGUGAGUGGAGAUGGAGCCACUGCACUCCAGCCUGGGUGACGGAGUGAGACUGUCUCAACUACAACAACAACAACAAAAAAAGCCCUGAAGAAAAUAGUCCAAUCCUGUAUUUAUUUUUAAUUUUAAAAAUGACACACAUAUAUUACAGGAAGAUAAAAGGUAUAAAAAUAUACUAAAUAUUUUUUAAAAAAGGAAUUAGUGUUUUGGAUUAUCGCUGAAUUAUUGCUAAUUAAUGUAAGUCAUAUGUCCUCACAGUUUUGAAAAAUGCUUUCUUUGAAGAUCUAAAAAAUGUGUGAAUAACUGAUAAUCACUGCUAUAUCACUGAUGGUCACUCAAUUUUUGGUAAAUAAUUAUAAAGACCUUAUCUAGUAACUAUAUAAAAAGGUAUUAAAUAUAUUGUGGUGUAACAAUGGGAUAACAAAAAUGUAAUUUAAAAAAUGGAUAACUUAUUUCCUCUAAAGAAAACAUUUUAAAAGAAACAAUUAUUAGGCUACUUGAAAUCUUUAUAAAAACAAUUGGAUUUUAAAAAGUUAUCCUUUUAAAAAGCUACAUUUUAUUUUGCUCUUAUAUUUAUCUUCUAAAUUUCAGAAAAAUUACGAAAAGUUUUAAUAUGCAAGGAUAACAAAAACUCUCCAAAUUUUAGGUGAGUUAAUCUUAAUCACUCCCAAUAAAGAUGGCUACUUAACACUCCUUAAGUACAUCCACAAUCAGUCACUGAAACAAGGAGAAAGAGUUAGAGAAACUACACUUUACUGGGUCAUUAUAAUAAAUUAAAAUUUCAUUAUUAAAUAAUGCUUUAAUUUUUUAAGCCAGUUUACCUUAAAAACUUCUUAAAAUUGGAAACCAAAAGAAACACAAGUGAAUUUAUACUUAUUUUAAUAAAAGAGAAAUAAGGAUUGACAGUAAUUUGAGAUCUGCAACAAAUGUGACAUAAAAAGAUCUGCCAUUUCCUUUGGUGACAGGCACAAUUGUUAACAUUACUGUGGCUGGUUGCUUAUUUCAUAGUCAAAAGGAAUACUAAACUUCAUUUUCAAUUAGUGAGAAUAAAAGAGUAAUUUCCUUUUCCACUCAAGUACAUGUUCCCCAGGUUAAGAAACCCAACAUAGUAAAAUCAAUACAGUAAAUAUCUGGUUAAUUAGAUGUUACUGAGAAUGCAAAGUUGAUUUCUUUGCCUUUCUGUCUUAACUGUAUGUUCACCAAAUCCCUAUUUCAUUUUGUACAGUGUAGACAAAAGCUUAGUUUCUCAAAUCUAAGUAAUAUAGAUGAAAUAGGAACCAUGAGAUAUUUUGAAAACACAUCUAAGACAACUUUUUUCUGUACUUUUUUAUUGUGGUAAAAUGUAAAAUAUACCAUCUUAAUCAUUUUUAAGUGUGCAAUUCAGUAGUAGUAAUUUGUAUUGUGCAACCAUCACCACUAUCCAUCUCCAGAUCUCUUUUGACCUUGCAAAACUUAAAUCCUAGACUCUUUAAGCAAUGGUUUCCUAUUCUCCCAUCUGCCCUGUCCCUGGCAACCACCAAUCUACUUUUUGCCUCUAUGGUUUUGAUUGCCCUAAGUGUCUCAUAUAAAUGUAAUCAUACAGUAUCUGUCUUUUGUAAUUGGCUUAUUUCACUUAGCAUAAGGUCCUCAAGCUUCCUCCCCAUUGUAUAUGUUGGAAUUUUUUCCUUUUUGAGGCUGACAGACAAGGGAGGGAAUUACUUCUGUCAUUUUGUUAUUUGUUUUCUACAUAGCUUAGUUUUUUGAUCCUUCAUUUCCUGCAUUACUGUCAUCUUUUGUGUGUAGUCUACUUUUUUAGAGUGAAACAUUUAAAUAUAUUUCUCAGUUCUUCUGUGUAUAUUCUGUAGCUGUUUUGUUUUUGGUUACCAUGGGAUGACAUUUAAUAUCCUGAAGCUAAUUUGGAUUUAUACCAGCUGAACUUCAAAAACAUACAAAAAUUCUGCUCAUUACAUCUCCAUCAAUCACUCCUUUAAGUUUCACAAAAUUAUAAACACUGUGUGCAAAAUCAAUUUUUAAAAAUUCAUUAGUCUCUAUGUAGAAAACAAAAAGUGGAGUCACAAACCAUUGUUACAAAAGUACUAGAUUUUAUAAUUGCCCAUGUAUUUUUCUUUACUGAGAUCUUUAUUUCUUCAUGUGGCUCUGAGUUGCUGUUAAGUGUCUUUCCAUCAACCUGCAGGACUCCUAUUAGCAUUUCUGGCAGGGGCAGGUCUCAGCUUUUGUUUAUCUGGGGAUGUCUUAAUUUUUCUCUCAUGUUUGAAGAAUGGUUUUGCCAAAUACAGGAAAUGUGGUUGAUGUAUUUUUUUCCUAAUACUUUCAAUAUAUGAGCUCACUGCCUUCUGGCUUCCCAAGUUUCUGAUGAGAAAUCUGUUGAUAAUCUUAUUAUCACUUAUAUGUGAUAAAUUGAUUUUUUCAUGCUACUUUCAAGAUUCUCUUUUUGUCUUUGUCUUUUGACAGUUUGUGUGGAUCUCUUUAAAUUUACUGUACUUGGAAUUUGUUGGUCAUUAUCUGGCUGUUCUUCAGAUAUUCUCUCUAUCACUUACUUUCUUCUGUUACUUUCUUCUCUCUUUUCCUUCUGGGACCCUCACAAUGUAUAGUUUUGCUUGAUGAAUCCCACGGAUCCUUAUACCCUGUUCACUUUCUUCCAAUUUUUUUCCUGUUCCUCAGACUCUAAUAAUUUCCAUUGUCCUAUUUUCAUGUAUACUGAUUCUUCUGCUGCUCAACUCUGCCUUUGAAAACCUGUUGAGUUUUUCAUUUCAGUUAACAUACUUUCUAGCUCCUGAAACUUUUGGAUCGUCUUAGAUUUUCUCUGUAUUGAUUUUGUUCAUACAUUGUUUUCUUGACUUUUUCCACAUGCUAUUGGGUUCUUUAAAAAACAUCCUUAAGGCAGUUGUUGUAGAGUCUUUACUAGAUUCACCAUCAAGUUUUUUUCAGAGAUACUGUUUGUUUUCAUCUGAAAGGGACAUACUUUCCUGUUUCUUAGUACUUUUUUUUUUUUUUUUUUGCUGAAAACUGAACUUCAAUCUAAUAAUAUGGUAACUACAUCUCACUAAGGUCCCUAAGUUAAUGGUUUUCUUAAAACUAUUCCUUACUUUGCCUGCCUUGAACAAGUUGACAAAUAUGAAAUCUGAAUUUCUUUCAAAAAUACAAAUAGAAUCUUACAAUUAAUUUAAGUUUAUAUAUAAGAAAACAUUUUAAUUAAGGUAAAAAUAUGCUAAAAUUAUCUUCCUUUACCCAGUAUCUAUCUUCCACUUAUUUAUUAUUGCUUUGUAAUAAUUAUCAUGUUUCCCUUUUGUGCAGGUAAUUCUAAUAUUCUUCUGGUCUGAGUCAUAUGCCCAUGUCGAUAUGACACGUUUCUCCAGGGUAGUGUUCAGAUUGUAUGUUCAGGGAGCAAUAGCCACAAUUAACAAGGUCACCUGUUUAGAAUGCAGAUACCAGGGCUCCACUAAAGGUAUGUUGAAUCAGCAGCUCUGGGAAUAAGCUCAGGAUCUUACCUUUUGAUAGGCUCCUCAAAUGAGCCUCAUGCACAGAAAUGUUUGAGAACCACUGCUGUUGAGUCUAAAUUAUUUCAGCUUUGGACAGAAAACUGCUAAUAAGAACUACUUACAUAAAAGCCACCAAUGUUUUCAGAACCGAGAUUAAUUUUUAUGGCUUUAAAAAUCCUUAAAUAGUAGUUCUGAACAUGUUUUUAACAGACCAAAUAAGAAUUGCUAACUAGUUUAUUUUUGCUCAGGGUAGCUAGAGUUUUAAACCUAAUCUAAAAUAAGGUUAAUUCCAUAUGGAAAUCAAUUAGUAAGAAUAAGCCUUAAUUCACAUAAAUGUCGGUGUCUAUUGUGUACUUCAUGGUAUUCAGCUGAGUGAUGGGAUCUUGUGAAAGAUAAUGUGGUCUAGAGUUAAGAGCACUCGCUCUGAUUGAGAUCAAGCUGCAGUAUUUACUAACUGAAUGAGUCUUUGAGUUCCAGUUUCCUUAGGUGCUUAAAGUUAUUGUAAAGAGCAAAUGAAAUACGGUAAAUUAAACUUUUGCAAAUUGUAAAGAGCUUUGCAGAGAAGUAGGACAUUUAUAACAUUCAGUUCUUAUUUCAUGACAGUUUGGUGAUUUAAAUUCUCUGACCUUAAGUUCUAUGAGAGCAGGGAUGACACAUUUUGUUCAGUUUGUACCCCCAGAAACUUGUAUAGUGGCACAUAAUAGACACCCAUAAUUGUGUAACUCUACCUUUCAAGAAUACCACCACUACAUCUAAAAAUGUAUUUUAAAGAAUUCUAUCAGAUUAUUUAGGUAAUGAAUUUCAGUUGUAUCUCACAGGUUACCUUAUAUUUAGAAGACACAUAAAUUUGUUUUUUUCUUUCAACUUAUAUAAGUAUCUUAACAUGCUACUUCUAGAAUGUUUUAAUUGUUAAGAACAAUUUCUUAAACUUUAUCUUCCCAAGUCCCCACAUACAUGUCAGGAAUGUGUUCAAGCAUUACAGCUACUAUUUGCAGUGAAACAUGCAAAAGUGACAUUUCAAUAACAUUUUAUAACUUAUAAACCAUAUUUUUGUAUUCUUUCUUUUAACCUCAUAGCUACAUUUUGACGUAGAUCAUUUUAUCCAAAAAAUAAAACCAAACCUCAAGGAAUCAUCAUUUUUAUUCAGUUUCAUAUUUAAUAAUUUAGCUGGAAAUUAUCUCACAAGUUCCCUAUGUUUGACAAGAAUCAGAUGCUUUCUAAGUUGUAGAUUUAAAGAUUUUUUUACUAUUUAUGAAGAUUCACAGAUUUAAUGCAAAACCCACAACUUUAUAAAUACUAUAUAUAUCACAUUUAAGAUGAGAUUUUAGUGUUUCCAGAAUCACAGUAAAGUAUGUCCCCCAGAAAAUAUAAAAGCAUCUCACCUCAACCAGGACUACAGCAGUGAUGACACAUAUAUAUAAACAAAGAGGAUGCUGUUGGGUGUCUUUCCACAAGAGUGAUGAAGAAUGAAUCCUUCCAGCCACACUCUGUCCCCUACUUCCAUUUGAAGUGGUUCCUA